ACGCAAGCCUAAAUGCAGGUCGGUCCCUUUGCCAUUGUUGUACAAUGGUGGGAAGACGGCAGGAGACCAGUGAAAACAAACCAAAAACUUCUGGAAACCUGAACUGUGGAAAAUCUUUAUUUUGGUGUUAAAAUCUUCCCAUUUUACUUACUUUGGGCUUCUUUAUUGUUGUUGAUUUUAGUUUAUACGGUUGUUUCCAUCUACCUUUGGUUGUCUUGUGUUUAUGUAAAUCCUACUAUUCAAUUAUUUAUGCCCAAAAAGAGGGUGGUUUUAUGUUUGGGGAAUGGUUUGUUUCUUUGUUAUGAGUAGUAUUGGUAGGACUUUCUGCUUAUUGAAGUGUAAGGAGUCAUUUCUUGUUUAGUUUAUGGUAGAUGAGUAUUUGUGCUUUAGUUAAUGUGUGUGAAGAAGAAUUUGAUGUUGUUUAGUCAACCAAAUUUAUGAGUAAUUUGGAUUGCUCUGCUCUUUCCAUGCAAGGUUUGAUGUGCAACAAUGAUUGCAUUAUGAAAGAAAUGAUAGAAAUCUCAAGUUAUCCCAACAAUUGAAUUGUACGCAUAGGAUAUGCAUCAUGUGAGACAUGUUGAGUUUACGAAUUCACUUGUCUUCAUCCCAAUUGCUGGGAUCUUUAAGAACCCAUAUCCGGAUCCGGAGAGCUUGAAAGAAUUUAUUAGUCAAAAUUCACAACCUCAAUCUUAUUACAAUAAUCCAUCGUCAAGAGUGGCCAUUUCGCAAUUACAGGGAUUAAGAGGGUUAUUUAGUUAACAGCGAAAACCCAAGCUAAAAAAUGGCGGGUAAACGGAAAGCAGCAAAAAAUAAAGGCACAAAUUGCUUCGUCUUUGAAGCCCCAAAUAAAGCGAAAAUGGAGAAAGAAGGACGAUGUUGGAGGAAGGAAGUGGAUGAAAAGCUGAAGCGACUCCACUCUUUGCACUUCGGCGCCGAUCUUGCGCUUGAGCGGGGCGAUUAUGAGACCGCUCACACUCUCGGCCUCACCCUUCUCGGCUUCAUCGACUCCACCUCUCUCACCCACGCCGAUGAUUCCUUCACUCGCCACAUUCGACUCGAUGCUGCCUCCAAGGUCGACCAGGCUCGCCGCGCCCUCGCUCCUGAUUCCGAUCGUCGAGCAUUUGAACAUGCAGACAGAGCUCCUGGCACUACAUUUAGAAUGAAAGGAGAAAUUGACAUUGAGAAAAUCAAGCAGUCAAAGUAUUAUUGUGCUCAUCUUUUGCAGUCAAAUGGAAGGCCGAUAAAUGAAUUGGGUAGCCAAUGGGAUGAGCAUAAAAACUUGAGUUCCACUGCAUCAAAGGCUGUGACGCAAGCAACGCUUACAUCCUUGUAUGGAAACAAUAUCUUGAGAGCAAAGAGCAUCUCACACAAAAGCUCCUUGAACGGCCAAAUAAGCAACUCUGAAGACUGCAUGAUUAUAGAAAAGGCUCCCUCAUAUAAUCAUAAUCCUAAAAGUCAUGGUGUCUCUACUUCUAUAAAAGUUGAAGAGGAAGGAGGCCAUAUAAAUACUUUGGGGAUGAAACGUGUAUAUGUGGAAAUCAGUAGCCCCAAAAGUGACAAUCCGAACUCACCAUCAAACAACGAAGAAAGCAAUAAUGAUGUUUCUGGCAAUGGAUUUGUGACUGCUAGAGCAAAACUGGAAAUGGACGCAAGGCAAAGACGAGGGUUGACAGGAUCACCAAGUUCAUCGAUCUCCCCACAGAGUGAAAACACCAACAGAGCAUAUGGUGCAAGAACAUAUGGUGUUUCACGCAGAGGAAUUCGUGGUAAUUUUGUACCCCCUAUCAAAUCCAAUGGAGGAAAUGCUGGUAAUAUGACUUCACGCAUUGGAGGAACAAGUGGUGAUGGUUUAGAUGACUCAACUAGGAGAUGUUUGGAAUUGCUUUGUGGUCCUGAAGGCGAGCUUCCCGAAAGGUUAAGGAACUUGGAACCUCGUCUUAUUGAACAUGUUAGUAAUGAGAUAAUGGAUCAGGACCCCAACGUUCGAUGGGAUGACAUUGCUGGUCUGGAUCAUGCUAAAAAAUGUGUAACUGAGAUGGUUAUAUGGCCUUUAUUACGUCCAGACAUAUUUAAGGGUUGUCGCUCCCCAGGAAGAGGUCUUCUACUAUUUGGUCCACCGGGGACAGGGAAGACAAUGAUUGGGAAAGCUAUAGCUGGAGAAGCAAAAGCAACCUUUUUCUACAUAUCUGCUAGUUCACUGACAAGCAAGUGGAUUGGAGAGGGUGAAAAGCUAGUGAGGGCCCUUUUUGGAGUUGCCAGUUGCCGUCAGCCUGCAGUAAUUUUUGUUGACGAAAUAGAUUCGCUUUUGUCUCAGCGCAAGUCAGAAGGCGAGCAUGAUUCAAGUAGAAGACUCAAAACCCAGUUCUUUAUUGAAAUGGAAGGUUUUGGCAGUGGAAAUGAGCAAAUUCUGCUUAUAGGUGCGACAAAUAGACCACAAGAACUUGAUGAUGCAGCACGGAGGCGACUUGCCAAGAGACUUUACAUCCCCUUACCUUCAUUUGAAGCAAGAGCCUGGAUUAUACAUAAUCUUUUGGAGAAGGAUGGACUAUUCAAGCUCUCAAAGGAAGAAAUUGACACCAUAUGCAAGUGGACUGAAGGAUAUUCAGGUUCAGAUAUGAAAAACUUAGUGAAGGACGCGUCUAUGGGUCCAUUGAGAGAGGCUCUCAAACAGGGUAUAGAAAUUACAAAGCUGGAGAAGGAGGAUAUGCGACCGGUCACUCUUCAGGACUUCAAGCAUGCAUUGCAAGAGGUGAGGCCCUCUGUUUCUUUGAAUGAACUCGUCACAUAUGAGGACUGGAACAAACAAUUUGGAAGCUUGGCGCUUUAGACAUUACCUCAAAAUAAUGUACAAGGCAAUGGAAAAGAAAAAAAAGCCCCUGCUAUUAUGCAUAAUCUAUUAACACCAAUCGAUCAUAUUCACUUCCAGUAUCCGAAGGUUUGUUCAUUCUCUGUUACAUUGGAAAGUCUCCUACGCAUAGCAUUGAAUUUAAGUUAGUACUUCUAUUUUCAUUAUGAUCUUUUGCGCAGAUCGAAAGGCUUAGACUAAAUGCUCAUUAUAUUUUUGCGUUUAAUGCAACAAAAAAGAGCAGUUCGUGAUCUCGACACUGAUCCCGCUUAGAUGGAUCUGGGCUCUGGGGUUGAAUCCUCCGUCAAUCUCUCUCACAGAGUUCAAUCUGGUACCUACUAUAUCUUCCUGGUUAUUUUUGCUUUGGAAGAACCCUUUUUUAUUCUCUCGAAUUUGUUUUUGGUUGAACCUUGUUUGGAGGUUUAACACUGUAAUCGAAUCUACGUCUAAAAUCGAACGUAAAUACCAAUACAUAUAAAGCAAAACCCCUUUGGAUUGAGAUCUAUCACUUCCCUGAAUCAAAACAUCGCAACCCUUGCUUUAGAUUAUGGCAUUUGAUCAAAACUCAAUAGCUAAAGAUCCAGUGACAGCCCCACAUUGGGGCCAUUACUACAUCUGGUAGAAACACUGCAGAAGGUUUUCUGAGCCCUGGGUGUGGUGCAGUCCAGAUCAAGAAGUCUGAAGCUGAGCUUAGCGGGAUAUCAAUAAAAAAAUAAAAACUACACAUUAGCAAUUAAUGGCCACGUCAUUUCUGCUAUAACCGAAAAGUGGCUGGAGGGCUAGUUUGGACAAUUGCUUAAAGUUGAGGAGCUUCUAUAAUCGAAAAGUGGUUGGAGAGCUAGUUUGGACAGUUGUUUAAAGUUGAGGAGCUUGUUUGGUUAAAAAAAGUAUAGAGACUCAAUUGGCAUUUUUUUCGAAAGUGCAGGGACUAUUGGCGGUCCUUCGCUGCCAAUUUGGAUCAGUGUUUAAUGUUGUAGGUUAAUAUUUAGUUGUAUUGCAGAUAUUGAGCAAAUCUAUUAUCUUACUGCGGGAAGUGUACUAAA